ACGAAACCCUCUUUUCCACAAUGGCGUCGACAAGAGAUGCCAGGUGUGUGCUUUUGGUUGCAAAAGACACGGUCUCAAAACCCGCUGCUCGCCUAAUUUUCUUCCGGAGUACGGAAAAAGAAAAACGGUGGGUGGGCCAAGAAACGAUGCACUGUCUAUCGAACUCGAAACUUCUGGCAAUGCGUGGCGGAAGUGGCGCACCCGCAACACGCACAGAAGAUUGUUGGAAAAAAGGUGGUCCUACUACUCGCCGCCAGCCGGUCGGGUUCCGGUUACCCCGAGAAGACUUCUCUUGCCUAGCAAACAAGAAGAAGCCUCGAAAAAGGGGGGGGUAAUGUGGAGAACACCUUCAUCACGGUUGAAACUCCCCAACGUCUGUCGAGGACGAAACCCUUUUUUCCACAGUCAGUCACAAAGAAAGGAUCCAUCUCAGGUGUAGUCAGAGGAAAUAAUCCAAGGGUUAGCGGACACCCCGUGUUUCUAUGAUUCCCCGACUAGCAUAGACUACAGCGAUAAAUCCCCUCCCUGUGGACAACAUAUUCGAGGUGGCCAUCAUUCAGACCUAUGUUCCAGUUUUUCUGACACACACAGCAGGCAGGCAGCAAGGAUGCUUUCGUGAAUACCACGCUUGCUUGGAACAGUCUCAGUCUAGUCUAAAUGAGUGGUGGAUCCUAGUGGUCCCCAUGUCGCAAUACACACCUUAACCCCUAACAACUCUACGCCAACCUACGGCAGAAGAGAGCACCUAUCGGCGGCGCACUGACCGCACUUGAACCGUUGUACAUGCUGUUUUUUCUGCCUAUAUACAGAUUGUAUGAGCGGCAGCAGGAUAGUAGACUAUAUAGUAGUCUAACCGCUCGCUCCGAUGGUCUAGUUGUUAUAGUCUCGAAUCCCGGCGUAAGUGAGCUUUUUUUUGCAAAGUGAGUUUUUCUCUCUCUACUGCUCCUCCUGGCCUAGUUGUUGUUGUUGUUUCUGACAUUGGCUCUAUAAUAGUCCACAAAAAAUGGGGAGCUCGUGGCCUCAAAACCCGGCACAUACGACGCCGCGGGGAAACAAAACAAAAAUAGGGUACAAAACACUCGGAAAAAGAAAACAAAAUGAUGAUGGAAAGAAAAGAACAGGUAUCGCACCGACCGUUCGAAAAGAGUGCCCUCGGAAACCGAAAAAAAUAAAAAAAUAAAUAAAUAAACGAGGACGCUUCCCACCCACACCCGCCCAAAGAAAAAAUCAAAGGGAAACGUACCAGCACCAGGCACUAAGCACCAGGGCAUGGAUGGGAGUAACGGAGAAAACAGGACAAAGAGGUGGCAGAUGGGCAGACAGCCAGACGUACAAAAACAAAGGCAACAGCAAAGCGAGAUCACGGUACCCAACACAGCAGAGUUGGCAGGGAGGUCAUGAAAAAAAGAAACACAGAAACACAGCACAGAGAGAGGCAGAAGGCAAUACAAAGGACAUACAUGAAGGAGUGUAGCAUACAGCAGGGAGUGUGUGUGUGUGUGUGUGUGUGUGUGUGUUUAUUAUUACUAGCAUCGACCGCGCUAACCGGCUGACCAAUGAAAAGACGUCAGUCUCAGUGCGGUUGAAAACACAAAACACUUCUAUCUAUCAUAAACUGGGACCCCGUGAGGGGGCAGCAUGGGGGAGAGGCUAAACUAUCCUUCGGAUCAAAACCAGAAACAGCAGCAACAGAAGAAAACUGCACCCGUCUACCACGGCUAUUACCUAGUACUCGAGUCCGUUUAGGAGUACUUUCACCAGUAUCCUCUUUGUUUUCGUUACCAUCAUUCUGAUCCUCAUUUUGACAAGAAGAAUCUCUGGGCAGUUCUUCCCUAGCCCUACGUUUCUUGUUGUGGGGAAGGUCAUCUGGCUCAAACCCUUUGCUCUCUUCCACUCCUCCAUGUUUUUCUGCUCCAUCGUCGUCAUCCUCCUUUCUCCCCUUUCCCUUUCCUUCGUCUUCGUCACUCCCAAAAGAAUUACCCUCACUACUAUCGUUGUCGCAGAGAUCCCAACCGAUUGGCCCUGGUGGAAGUUGGUCGAUCAGUAGCCCAUGACGUUUGAACACAUCGCGAGUUCGCAUCGACAGAAAACGAGCUAGCUCGAAGGUAAACCGUCUCCGAAUCCUGUUAGUAUGAAAAGCUUUCAGGCGAACUAAGGCCCUCUCGUCGUCAAAAUUUUCCCGGCAAAAAGCUUCGUGCGCCAAGUGGUUGGCGAUAGCAACGAUGAGUCGAUUGGUGCCUUUGCCAAGACCACCAUUCGUUGAAAAAGCAGCAGUAAGGAGGGUAGAUCUAGACGGGUUGAAAGUUCCCGCAUAGUGAUUUGCCUUACUUGCAGCUCGAUCUUCGAGGGCUGAUCCUGGCUUAAGGAUCGACUUGUCGAUGCUUCGACCUGCUGAUGGGUUGACGAUUGUUACGUCGAUCAGAAUGGACUUGGUGCAGAGGUCCUCUUCCUUCUCUCCUGCGUGUAAUCCUGGGGGGAUUACCAAAUCCAUCUUGUAUAGCCCCUUUCCCCUACCAGUGCCUGUGGUAAAAGGGGAAGAAUCCUCAACGGCGAUGGGCAUAUGGCACUCGCGCAGUGUCUUGAGGACCACUCGAACCAUCCUGUUAUGGAGGAAGGUUGAGGCGCCGGUCUUGGUGCAGACGAGGGAGUGGGCUCGGCUCAAGCGGUCCUUGCAUGGUAACAAUGCACCUGCACCACAAAGUUUGCCUGUGUUGCAGUCUGCUCGAUCGUGACUCCCCAGUACACGACCGAUUGACUCUCGAUAUAGAUCAGGCAGCAUUCUUUCAUCUGCUGACAACCCUUGCGUUGUCAACCACGACAAAACUCCCUUGCCUUUCGCUUCCUCCAAGCGGAUCAACGCCCUCUUCUUUGGCGUUUCCUCGCCUACUACUUUCUGCAAGUCUGUCUCCACCAUGUGGCGCACUGCUGCAUGAAGAGGUUUCGAAAGGAGAGCUUGGGCUCCAAAGACUUGGUAGUGUUGACCAAAUUCAUUUCGGCUGAAGGUAGACGGUGGUUGAUGUUCUACGUCAGGGUUUCCAUCUUCACGGGGUUUUCCCGCCUUCCCUGCUUCCAACAAGUAAACUCCUUUGAGGGCGGGGGUUAACUCAUCACUUGUGGCAAGUUUAGCCCAUGACUGCCCAACAGCUUUUUCAAGCUUGUCUUUGGUGAUGAUUUCCUCUAGCUUCUUCAGCGAGUCAAUCAGAGCCAAUCCUGUCGGUAGCUGGGCAAGCCGGGGUAGACAUUGCUCAACUGUGUAUCCUGUCGAUGCUUGCACUGACUUGGAGAACACCAGCGCUUGCCCUGCCACAAAAGCCGAUUCUCGAAUGAGAACAUUGCUCGUGAUUCCUAGUCCUCCUUCUCGCAUGGGUAGGUGCACCUGCGCCCGAGCUGUCCCUUUGAAGAAAUCUACCUCCUCGUUAUCGUCGAGUCUGCGCGUACUUCUUUGACUGUUGGUAUUCUCAUGCUGUCGGCCAUCUUGGCAAGGAAGAUCUUACUCAUUGUCCACAUCAUCAUGUUGUCAUGUAUUUUUGCGGCAGAGUUGGUGAUAGACGGUGCAAUCGUCCUCAGCAAAUGAACAAACGUGGCGCACUAGAUAAACGCAGCAGUUGAUAGCUGGCUUGGGGGUAGUCAAGCGUUGCUAGGCGGAGUAUCAAUUCCGCCGGUUUACCACGGGCGAUUUUGGAAACGAAAUUCCUCUGGAACCCUUCUGUCCCUACUGGGAUGCCGACAACUGGCAUGCCACCUUCAGCAACUGACAGACCAAUUGUCGUCAAUUGUUGCUGUUCGUCGUUUGUCAAAGAGGACAUGCAAAGACCUUCGGGGAAAAGCACUUUGGAUUUCGGGAGACUGAGCUCAAUGCCUUUUUGGGAGAGACGUUCCUGAAUCCAAUUCGUUACAGUGGAUAUGGCCUGCAUGUUCCUAGCCAAACCUGGUGGAAGAUGUGCUUGGAGGUCGUCGACGUAUCC